GCUUCUGGCUCUGCCACUGCCACAGCCUCUGUCGCUGUCUCGGUCUCGGGACUCGUUGCUGCCACACUGGCACCGGCAGUGGCAUUCAUUUCAUUUGAUUUUUAACUGUCAUCGACGGCAGUUCAGCAUCUCUCGACCAAACACUUCCAGUGCCCAAUUCGGCCUGUGAUAUUUUUUUUCUUUUUUUUGCCAGUGAAUGUGAGACAACAAAAAUACAUUUGAAGAUCCAAAAUCCAAGCUAUGAAGGACAGCAGCAGCAGCAGCAACAUCUCAGCCAGCAGCACAGCAGGGAUGCCCCAAGCGGCAGCGGCGACAUCCAACAACAGUGCCACGCCCAGUACGCCCAGCACACCCACAACCGGACAUGCAGCGGCGGAGACAGCAGCCGCAGCAGCCACAUCGCAGCAGCCGCAGCCGCAGCCACAGCAACGUGGCAAGAGCAACAUUCACGAGCUGCGCAAUCAGGACUAUGUGAGUCGUCUGAUGGCCGCCACUCCGCCGUAUCUGUACUCGGCGCCGGUGGGGCCCAACAAUUUCUUCUUCAGCGACAUGCUGCGGACCCUGGUGCAGGCCCGCAACAAUGAGACCGCACGCGUGUUGCAGUUGCAGCAGCAACAGCAGCAGCAGCAACAACAGCAGCAGCAGCAACAGCAGCAGGCGGCCCUGGUGCGGCGUCCCCGAAAGCGAUCCUGGUCGCAUCGUCCCUACUACGAGCAGCUAAGGGAACGACGCGAUGCGGAGGAGAAGCAGCAGCAGCAACAGCAGCAACAGCAGCAGCAGCAGCAGCAACAUCAGCACCACCAGCAGCAGCAACAGCAUCAGACGGUGGCGGAGAAGCCACUGGAGCUGACCAACAAGACCAUGACGCCCUAUGGCUAUGCCAAGCUGGAGGGCAAGUCCCCAACGGUGGCACCAACUGCCCCACCAGCACCGCCCACCGGCGGCAUCCCCACCAAAAACAGCCUGGGCGGAGCGGUAGACAGUUCGCUGCAGGACAACACACCGCCGGCAGCAUCGUUACCGCCACAGGAUCUGGUCCUGCCACCGCCACCGCCCGUAUGGUAUCCCCCGCUGUAUGCCCCGUACGGCAUCGAUCCGCUGCACUUCUUCAUCGAUCUGCGUGUCUCCGGGCACAUCUACGACCGCAAGAAGGAGAAUGUCUCCCCAUUGUCCAGCAGCAACAAUGCGCUGGCCGCCAGCGGCGAAGACUCCUCGCCCGGCUCCAAUUCGGGAACAGGUAGUGGGACCGGAACGGGUGCCGGCUCUAUGUCCGCUUCCAACCUGCUGAGCAAGCAGCGCCACGGCUCCGCCUUCACCGUGCCCAUACCCAAGUCGGCCCAAAACGAUGCCAUCAAUCUGUGCUCGAACGGAUCCGGCGGCAUGGCAGCCGUUGGUGGCACUGCAACUGGCGCUGGAGCUGGAGCAGGACCGGGCGGAGUGACCGCCUCGCUGGGUAAAUUCGAGCACUACGCCAAGUACUACGAUCUGGGGGAGAGCAAGGAGAACCAUCCGGCGGCAUCGAGCACGGCAGCCAAUCUGUCCGCGGCCGCUGCCGCCGCCGCUGCUGCGGCGAAUCUGUCCAAAUCGGGUGCCAGCUACAUGCUGCAGCACUUGCCACGUCUCUACAGCCAAUUUGCGGCGCAUCAGGCCCAGGCCCAGGACAUGGACGCCCGGUCAGAGUCGGCCUCGGUCACGGCCUCCGUGUCCGCUCCCGAUCUCUGUGACGAGGACUCGCUGGGACGUGGCUCGAACGACACCACCGCCGGCCUGGACUCUGGCAAUAUGCAGGGCAACUGUGACAUCGACGUGGAGAUCAUCGACUCGAUCAAGUACCGUACGGACGGAGAGAGCAGUAAAUGUUCCAGCAACGAUGAGGCCUCCAUCACACAGAUCGAUUAAAAGGGGUAUUGCUUUAAGCCAAAUGUCGUACAGCUGUUGUGAAUGAAUAAAGAUAUUUAAUACGAG